AUGCCAUCGACUAGGAAACGCAAGGCCAUCGACGAACCCCCGACUAAGGAGAAGCCAAAAGCCGCCACAUCUUCUCAGCCUCGAUCAACAAACUCCACCAAGCCAACUCCACAAUACAUCUAUGUUUUACAAAGCCUAGACGUACAUCCUGGUCGUCGCACAUCCGAACAAGACCUACUUGGUGUCUACACCGAUCCCAAAACUGCAAAUGCAGCAGCCCAUGACUGGUACAAUAAUAAUCCAGCCUGGCUACGGCGAUUGACCAUACCAGAACAUCCCACGCCAGAACAUGAGAGUCUACGAGAUGGCAGAUACCGCGAUAUGCCACACGGCGAAGGAGUCGACGAUGAUUCAAACGACAGAAUUGCACAAGUGCGUUUACGCCAUGACGAUGGUCUUCGCUUUGGUACAUGCAAUCAGUUAGGCAAGAUCUCUGUUGUUUGGGUAGAGAGAAGGCAGCUCAACCCACUCACAAUACCAGCGUCCACACGACCGAGAAAACCUGAAAUAACCUACCUGCCAGAUGGUGGAAUGGCGAUAGACGUCACCGAAUACUAUCAUUCAAAUCGAUAG